ACAGACGAUGUUUACUUUAGUCGGCACGUGAAAACUGAAAACCGAUUUGUAACUAUAAUUUAAGGACUUCUUAAAAACAUAUCUUCUAAUCGGUAUUACAUGGAUCUACGUGAACUAUUCCUCAGUUGUCGAUCCGGAAAUUUGAAAAAAAUUAAGUACCUAGUAGAACAGAAGGAAGUUGAUCUAAAUGUUCGAGACAGAUGGGAUAGCACGCCGCUGUACUAUGCAUGUUUAUGUGGUCAUGUUGAGCUAGCAGAAUAUCUAUUAGAUAAUGGAGCACUAUGUGAAGCACAAACAUUUGAUGGAGAACGCAUCCUCUAUGGUGCAUUGACAAAUGAAAUACGGAACAAGUUGAGGAACUACAAAGUCCUUUCAUCCCGAGUUGUAGUUCGUGAUGAGUAUGAAGAGUUUUUGAGGAAAUUGCUUGAUCUGGGAGAGCUUAGUGACUUCACCUUCAACAUUCAAGGGGAAUCAAUUGCUAUUCACCGUUUUAUUUUAGCUGCUAGAUCCCCAUAUUUCUGGGAAGCUUUCAAGGGAAAAUGGAGUUCUAAAAGAACAGUCAAGCUUCAAAAUAAAUUGGUUGAUCUGACUGCUUUCAAAUCAAUUAUUCAAUACUUGUAUAGUGGACGCCUUAAUACUCUCCUAGACGAAGUAGACGAAUGCAUGCGUUUAGCUAUGCAGUGUCGUCUUCCAUCUUUAAAGGAUCGUUUAGAAGAAGCCAGAAAGCGGUCAAUAGCAUUCGCCGAGACCAAACCGGGAACAAAGAUCAAAGUCCUCACACUUGAGUCGAAAGAAUUUCUAGAAGAGGUGCAACGUGAUUUGAGUCAGUUGGCCAAGCAAGCGAUGCCAUCUGAACUAAAUGUAAAACAUUCAUUUACUGAAAGUCCUUCACCACUACUCAAUCUGGUUGACGUUUGCUUCGUCGUUGAUGAUCAUCAAUUCCUAUGCCAUAAAGCUGCUUUUGUUGGGCGGAGCGAGUACUUCAGAGCUUUGUUUCGGGAUCAUUUUCGAGAGACUUCGCGCACUGACGUUUGCGACAAAGCGAUCAAACAAACAGAGGGGAUGGAAGGAAGGUCAGAAAUAGACCUUAUGACCCUACGUGAUGUAACACCAGAGGUGUUUGCGCAAGUGGUCUCAUACGUCUACUCUAACUGUGUUCAGCUCUCCGCCGAAACUGUCUACGAACUACUCAACAUUGGCGAGUUAUAUUUGAUGCCGGGCUUGAAGAAACUCUGCGCAAAUUUUUUGAUAAGCGCAAUCGAUUCUGAAAGUGUCAUCAGCCUUAUAAAAGUAUCUCGGACUUUCAAUCUACCUCGAAUCGAAGUCUUCUGUUAUGAAUUCAUAGCCAAGAAUGUCAAGGAAAUAGUGGACUCAGAACAUUUUCAUCAACUUAUUAUUGACGAUGCCUAUGGAGUAAAAGGCCGUCAAGAGAUGGAUUCAAUUGCGAUCAUCGAUGAUGUGCGUUAUCACAUUGAUUUGUUGCAUCAAAACUCGCAUGAAGCACACGAAAAACAUAAGAUGAUUGAUCGGCUGUUAACAAAUUUAAAUCUAGAAGCAUAAAAUGGGUUUUCUCUUUAAUGUUAAUUUAACUUGUUAAUUUAACUGAUGGUUUUCGAAAGACUUAACUUACAGUUCAAUUAAAUUUCAACACAUAUAUAGCAAUUAAACAUUAAUUGGGUGCAAUUAGGGAAAACAUCAUUUUUACAUUCAGCUGAACAAUGGCAUGUGCUCAUGGAAAAUAAAACAAAUAAUAUAAUCGA